UAAUCUUGUAUUUAUUUAUUUUAAUCUCUUCACUUAUUUAUAUUGUAUUGGUAUACAGUAAUGAUCUGUUAUAAUGGACAUGAAUAUAGGCGCCUACUUAUUUUAUAAGUUUUACCUCAAAUAACCUUAAAAUGUUGCUUGGGUCUUUUUUAAGGAUUUGGUUGUUAUGCGAAUUUCAAUAGAGUCCUUAAUAUAUGUAGAGAGGGUAUCGUUGCGCCUUGCUGUGCGUCCAGUCUUGGCUCCGCAGUAUGUCUCUGUUCUGACAGUGUGCGGCCAAACGCCGUCAUCACAGCGACCAGCACACAGUAAACAACAGACGUCACUUCCGCAUUCAGGUUGACACCAAAACAACAGAAACAGGAGCGAUUUAAAAAGCCAUACGAACAAACAAUUCUGAGAAGCACUAACGGGAUGAAGCUGAAAGGUCACUGGUCUGAACUCUCAGAGGAGUGAACAGAGAAUGACAAAGAAUGAAAAGAAACGCAGUGUUUCUAGGCACAGCAAACGGGCAAAAGGGCAUGAAGGUGCUGACUUCACAGCAGGAGCUGGAGGAGGAGAGUAGCUCAUUUCUUGUUGAUCCCACCAACCAGCACAACUGUGAGGACAGAGAACCAGAGGAAGCUCCCCUCUACCUCCAAGAGGAACACACACAUGACACAGAUAAGGACCACCCCAGGCCAGAUGGAGGAGUCGUGUGGAGAGUGGGCGGUGGUCUGUUCAGCAUGACACGAAAUGUCGUUGGUGCAACUCUAGGGGGUGUUGCAUGGGUAGGAACUAAAAGUUUUGAACUCACCAAGACAGCUGUGACCAGUGUGCCGGCAGCCAGUGCAGGAUUGGUCAAAGGGAGCGUCUCUAUGGUAACAGGAGGUGUUGGAGCAGUAGGUUCUGUCAUGGCAAGUAAAGUCACACCAAGGAAGAAGGACAAAGCUGACUGAUGGACAGUGGGCUCUGUGUGUAUAUAUGUGUGCAAGUGUGGCAAGUGUGUGUGUGUGUAUAACGCAAAUGAGCAAAAUACCUGGGAGAUUCAGAGUGGAUUUUUCCCAUAGUUCUCUAGAUUGAAGCAGUAUAUUCACUCAUGCAGCUACAAAGACACAAAGAAAACAGCCACAUGUCAGUCAUUGUCCAUGGAAGACACAAGGGGGCAUGGGCAUCAGUGGUGCAAAGGUGAACAAGCACCAAUGAAACUGUCUUAUGGUGCAUUGGAGCAACACAUUAGGUAAUGCCACAGAAAACACCUGUCCAAUCAGAGCUGAGUAUGUAAAUAGUAAAACAUGCCCAGGUUGAAUGAGAAGUACAGACACUGUCUGCAUGUCUGAACACAUAGUAAUAUUUUAGCUAAACUUAGCAGAAUCCAACUAUUAACAUUAACAAAAUUUGGAGAAAUUUUAUCUUUGAGUUUAGAAUAAGGAUAAUCACCUUUAUUGGCCAAGUAUGUUACACACAAGGAAUUUGUUUCUGGUAGAGAACCGAUGG